AUGAAUUUCACCUGCACUUUACAAAGAUUGCCUUCUGUGAACUCCAGAAAUAAAUCACUGAGUGAUGAAGAAAACCGGAAGGUUUUUGGGAAAUGCAACAACCCAAACGGCCACGGGCACAACUAUAAAGUUAUAGUCACUGUCUGUGGACAGAUUGACCCUGUUUCAGGAAUGGUGAUGAACCUGACAGACCUGAAGGAAUACAUGCAGCAGGCGAUCAUGGAGCCCCUCGACCACAAAAACCUGGAUAAGGAUGUGCCCUACUUUGCUGAGGUGGUGAGCACCACGGAGAACGUUGCAGUGUUCAUCUGGGAAAACCUCAAGAAGCUCCUGCCUGUGGGAACCCUUUAUAAAGUCAAAGUGUAUGAAACGGACCAGAACAUUGUUGUUUAUAAAGGAGAAAGAGACAAUCUCUGA